AUGGCUGCCCUCGCUGCUCUACUUCCACUACCUACGCAUGCACCAGUUAUUUCAGACGACGAAGAAGAAGUUCCCCAGCCUGCUCCAUCUCAAUCUGUGAUCAGUCGCACACUAAUACCGCCAUACGGCCAACGAGUGGGAUGGAAGCCGGUAAAAUCUGAGGACUUCGGGGAUGGUGGGUCAUAUCCCGAAUGUCAUGUUGCACAAUAUCCAUUAGACCUCGGGCGGAAGAAGACGGCCGCAGGCAAUACCCUUGCUCUUCAAGUCGAUAGCGAAGGCAACGUUCGUUAUGACGUUAUUGCCCACCAAGGCCAACGUUCUGGCAAAUAUAUUCAGUCCCAAUUCAAAGACCUUGUCCCCAUUGCUCAUCGAAAAGACCUCACGGAUGAACAGCGGACGAUGGAGCGUCCUUCUGAGGAGGAGGUUCAAGCCACUGCGGAUAAAACCCGGGCCGCUCUUGAACAACUUGUUUCCGGGAAAAUCAAGGCUGCACAACCGAAGCAUGUCCCGGAUGCGCAGGGGAAGACGACAUAUAUCCGAUACACACCCGGCCAGCAGAACGGAGGGGACAAUGGUGCGCUUAAGCAGAGGAUUAUUAAAAUGUCAGAGGUUGUGGAAGAUCCGAUGGAGCCGCCGAGGUUCAAGCACAAGAAGAUUCCCAGGGGACCCCCUAGUCCACCCCCUCCUGUACUGCGGAGUCCACCAAGGAAGGCGACGGCAGCAGAGCAGAAGGAGUGGAUGAUCCCACCGUGUAUAUCCAAUUGGAAGAACAACAAAGGUUUUACUAUCCCACUCGACAAACGGUUGGCCGCAGAUGGUCGGGGUCUUCAAGAUGUUCACAUUAACGACAAUUUCGCCAAGUUCUCAGAAGCAUUGUUCGUCGCAGACAGACAUGCCCGUGAAGAAGUUCGGCAGCGUGCACUUAUGCAGCAGAAACUUGCACAGAAAGAGAAAGAAUCUAAAGAGGAAAACCUCCGCAUGCUUGCACAACGCGCCCGCCAAGAACGCAGUGGUGUCGCACCUUCCCGACCAACAGCAGAAUCUCGGGCGGCGGUCACGUCAACUCUCGCUGGCUAUGGCAGCGGCAGUGAAUCUUCCGCAUCAGACGCUGAACCAGAAGAUUCCGAAGAACAGGAAGCUCGCAAGCUCCGUGACGAAAUGCGUGCCGAGAAACGUCGUGAACGCGAACGUGACAUGCGAAUGUCGAACAUGGGUGCCGAGCAGCGCGCAAAGAUGCUUGCACGGCAACAAAAUCGUGAUAUAUCGGAGAAAAUCGCGCUCGGUCUUGCCAAGCCGACUAUGUCGAAAGAGAGCAUGCUGGAUUCAAGGCUAUUUAACCAGGAGUCGCUCAGUGGUUCGUUUGCAGAUGAAGACAAUUACAAUUUGUACGAUCGGCCGUUGUUCCACGGCUCGACAGCGGCAGCGGCGAUAUACAAGGCUAGGGGUAAUAUCCCAGAAGGCAACGACGACUCAUUCGGUGGUGGGACCGAGGAGGGUAUCGGCAAGGCUCUCGACAACGACCGAUUUGGUCUUGGGAAGGCCCGUGUUGGGUUCGAGGGAGCAGAGGAUCAAGAAGUUCGUGAGGGACCUGUACAAUUUGAGAAGGAUACGGGAGAUGUCUUCGGUCUGGAUAAAUUCUUGGAUGAGGCAAAGUCUGGGAAAAAACGAGGGCUUGACACUGACGUUGGUGGGUCGCGGAAACGACAACAACUGGAAAAGGCGUCCGAUUUCUAG